AUGCCUUCCUUGACCAGCCUCCUCACCUACAAGACACCGCCUUACAACACUAGCACAAAGGGAAGAAGCUUAGUGUUGGAGGGUCAUCACACCUAUCUUGUGUGCAGCUGGAGUAAACCCAACUGGACAAGAGAGCUACUGAACCAGGUUGGAUGGACAUCAAUUGGGCAUGAGGAGAUUUGCGAGAAGAGGAGCCUGAGCUCGAUCGAGCUGAGUCGAGCUGAGGGUCGAGCUGAGGAUCGAGCUGAAUAUCAGGUCCAGAGUGCUGAUUGGUGA